AUGGAGGUCAAGAAGGAUGGCAUUUUCGUGUGCGUGACUACCUCGAGCCAGCAGAUUCGCGAGCACUUGCGUGACAUCUCCAAGAUCAAGCUUAAGAGAACGCAAGAGAAAACUGAGGGGGUCCUGCGGGAGAAGGGCAUCUACGAUGGACCCGAGAAGAUGGUGAAGGACGUGUACAAGGAGAUCAUCGAUGGCAGUAGCAACUACCCCAUUUACCAGCAAGCUGAGCUAUUGGUUGAAGCCGGCCGCAUCGGUGUUUGGGAGGCGCAAAUGGCCAACCCUCAUUACGUUUCCCUGGAAGCCGCCACGCUCUGGCCCCGUUGGGGUAAUGUUUCUCCGUACUUGCGCUUCAUCGAACUCCGAGAGCGCCUGGCCAAAGAGGGCUCCCGGCCUGUCAGCCAUGCGCAACCCCUGGAUAUUAAGAAGCUCUCGACAAACCAGCUGUCGAACCUCCACGUGGGAUGUAAGCUGUGGAUGAAGUCUUACAAGGAGAAUGGCGAGAGUCACAGUUUGGAGAUGAAGCGGCUGUUUGACCGUGCCAAGGAGCUAGCGAAGGAAGCUCACGAUAUGCGCACCACCAUCAAGUACUUUUCACGCAUGAAACUGGAUUUCAUGGUUGACAAACACUAUAUGUUGGAGAUAGUGGUCACGCACUUCCGUUCCUUCAAGGAGAAGGUGGCCACAAUGGAGUGGUGCCUGGAACGUUGCGAGGAACGCGUGCGGGCGCAUGGAGAGCAGACGAAGAAGAAUAACCCUGAGUGUACGCAAGAACUUGAGGAUUUCAUGGAGCAGUUGAAGUGGACGGGUGAGGAUAUAUACUUGGAGGAGUGCUCAGAGGAGAAUGUCCCCGGAAAGAAGGUGAAGGAUGAAUUGCCCUGGAGUGGCGCGUUGGGGGCGUGGAUGGAGGAGGAGGCUAGUCAUGCGUUUGACGAGGAUGACAGCAACAUCUCUCUACAUGGAAGUGAUUUGAUGACGGAGAAAGAGGAGGACGGUGGUAAAAAGGAGGAGGGGACGAUGCAGUAG